AUGCCUUCCCAAAACGCAUCCAAGGCUCUGCCCGUGGCGCCCCUCAGCCUUGAUGCUUUAACCAUAAUCAUCAAAUCGAAGGUUCCGAAAUGGACCCUAUCAACGGCAGUCUUGACACGACGGCCCCAGGAUGUGGUGCUUCAAACUGGCGGUUUGCUGAGGCACCGCGCGACCGAAGGGCUGACAAGCUUCAAGCUGUGCAACGUUCCUGGCACUAAUCAGCAGCACCUCUCCACCUCCCCUGGAUCCUCACAUGCAGCGAUGGCCCGGAAUUGGCUGAUGUACGCGAGAAAAGGGCUGAAGACGCUCGACGAUGACUGGCAGAAGAACCCGCAGAAUGCUUGA